AUGGCCAUGGCUUCAGCUGCAAUAGACCUUUUGCUUGGGAAAAUAGUGUCAUUUCUUGACGACCAAUUGUCACUGUUAGGAGGAGUUCAUGAUGAACUUGAAGAAAUCAAGCGCGAGCUUAUAGUCAUGAAAGACUUCUUGGAGGAUGCAGAAAGAACCGGUGUUGUCAGUGAAGUGGAGAAAACAUGGGUGGCGAAUGUGAGGGACGUUUCCGUAAACGUUGAAGACUUCAUUGACGAGUUCACCUACCACAUCAACAACCAGAGAAGUUGGAGUCCAUUUACAAGAACGCUUCGUAAAUCCCUUCGCUUCCCUAAGAAUCUUUGGGAGAGGCAUCGGAUUGCCACAAAGUUGCAGAAGAUCAUCAAAAUUAUCAAAGCCUUUCCAGAGAGAAGCCUACGCAACGGAGUUAAACCUAUAGAAGAUGCUAAAGAGAAGUCGGUCACAAUGUUGUUGUCUUCACAAGCUCAAAGAACUGUGAUUUCUGUUGUUGGAAUGGGUGGCUCUGGCAAGUCUACCUUGGUUGCAAAGACCUUCAAUGGCCAGACUGUAAAGGAACAUUUCGAUUGCUGUGCGUGGAUUACUGUCUCGCAAACGUACACGGUUGAAGAUCUACUCAGAGUAAUCAUGAAGGAGCUUCUCCGAGCAGUGAAGGAGCAGAUUCCAGUAGACUUGAGCGACAUGAGCUAUUCACAUUUGGUGGAAAUGCUGGCCAGCUAUUUGAAGGAAAAGAGGUACAUGAUUGUCUUAGAUGAUGUGUGGGAUAUCAAUCUUUGGAGAAAAAUAAGUGCGGCACUUCCAGAUGGACCACAUGGAAGCCGGGUCAUGCUUACAACUCGUAAAGAAAACAUUGCUUCUUUUGCAUAUGGGCUUGGAAGUUAUGUCCACCAUGUUCAGCCUCUAAACAAGAGUGAGGCGUGGCAUCUUUUUUCCAUGAAAGCUUUCUUCAGUUGUCCUAAUAGCUGUUGUCCAACUGAGCUCGAACAUAUAGCUAGAGAUCUUGUUGACAAAUGCGAAGGCUUACCUCUAGGAAUUGUUGCUUUGGGCGCUCUCAUGUCAACCAAAAGUGUUCUGGCCGAGUGGAUGAAGGUUUACGGCAGCUUGAACUGGGAGCUAUGCAACAACCCUAGGCUUGAAGUGGUGAAGAGCAUCUUACUGUUGAGCUUCAAUGAUUUACCGUACCGGCUAAAGCAUUGCUUCCUAUAUUGUUGUGUUUUCCCUGAAGAUUAUGUGAUCCAGUGUAGAAGGCUUAUUAGACUGUGGAUAGCGGAGGGGUUUGUGGAACAAGUUAGAGGUCCAAAGACAGAAGAGAUAGCUGAGAGCUACAUGGCGGAGCUCACGUGUCGAUGCAUGCUUCAAGUAGUUGAGAGGGAACCAUCUGGGAGGGCAGAAACAUUUAGGAUGCAUGAUCUUCUGCGAGAACUCUGCAUUUCAAUUUCAGAAGCUGAGAACUUUUGUACCAUAUACAAUGACCAAGAACCAGCUAAAGAGAGCAAGGCUCGCCGCGUGUCAAUGCAAGCGAAUUCUCGAGCACUAAGAAAUCCGAAAGACAUUUCGAAGUUGCCAGAUGACAUAGUGAACUGCUUCAAUUUGAUGUAUUUAAAUUUGAGAAGAACAAAAGUUAAAGAGCUUCCCAAAGACAUCGGGAAACUCAGCAACUUAGAAAUGCUAAACAUAAGCAAUUCGAAAACUAGAUUACUUCCGGUUGGGAUUUUGAAGUUACAGAAGCUACACCAUCUCUUGAUGUUGCAUUUUAAUGAUCAAAAGUUGUGUUCUUUUGAUUGUCUUGACGGCUGCACACAAGCUCCGCCGGGCAUUUGUAAGCUAAAGAGCUUACAAGUUCUGGAUACAGUCAAGGUGGAAGGCGAGUUGAUCGAACAACUUCAGUCCAUGACGCAACUCACAAGACUAGGCUUAGCAAAUGUGAGGGAAGCUGAUGAAAAAGAUCUAUGCAAGGCGCUCGAAAACGUGAAACUCAUUGAGCAGUUGAAUGUCAUGACAACCGAUGAGGAUGAGGUGUUGCGCAUAUAUGGACGCAUUAGCGGAGGGUCCUCCAAUGCUCAACACACUUUUCCUAACUGGAAAGUUAGAGAGGAUUCCACUUUGGUUCCAUUCUCUUCAUAG